CAAGAGGAGAAAGGAUCUUAUAGAUGUGCGCAGGCUUUCCAGGCAGGUGGUUGGUAACUGUACAAGUUAUGGUCCACAGCACGUCUGUAUGUAAAUGGCGAGCUUUUCUCCGGAUGUUCUCUGCUUCGUUCCUUGCUUCACGUAAUUAACCUGUGAGAGACUUGAUGAUGGCCACUAGUGCUGAUCACCCGGGCAUCCCUGGCCCGGUGCCCCCAGGGGUGGGCAAAAGUGUCCCAGUUACCACGACAGCGGGCACUUCCAUCGGAUGUCUACCUCGACACAGCAGACAGAGUUCAGGAAAUUACCCUGAUAUUGUGGACAAUGACAGCUGUUUCCAACCUGUGAUAUCUAAUAGUGCUGAAGACCUUUGUGCAGUUGUAGCACGGAGCUUUCAGGCCACUGAUGAUACAGUGGUGCCUUCUAACUCAGGUGUGGGUUCAAGUCAUAUGGAAGCUGGCACAUACAGAUCCUUGACUGACGCAAAUAUGCCCAAUCAGAGAGCCUCUACCAGUAGUGGAGAUGACAUUUACAAUGGAAGUGAUAAUGUAAGACUUUUACGUGAGCAGCCAAGUGUUGAUGUGAUACAGAGGAACCCUCAACCCCCGCCCUACAUGGCUGACAGGCUAAUCCGCACCCAUGAUCUUAAUGUAGGGGUGACGGGUCACCUGGACAACCAGCGAGGAGAGGCUAUUCCUGAUAUACUGUUUUCACACAUGGUACCACAGGUGCCCCCUUCGCGCCCAAACCAGCACCGACAGGGCAACCGUGGCAAUAAUGAGCGUGGGGGUAGGCGCAGAGCAGACAAUAAUGGCAGGCAUCACUCGCGCAAUCACCAGCGAGAGGCACGUCAGCCACAUGGCAACAGACGCACACGUACACAGUUGCAUAUGUAUCAGCAACAUCGAGAGACUUGCAAAGAGCCAUGUCUGAAGUGCCUGUCAUCGGUGACAUCGUUUAAGUGCGUGCUGGUACUGUUGUCCCUGAUCGGGGUGUGCUGUGUUAUAACUGGGAUUGUACUAGGAGCAUUACAUGCUGUAGCUGUGGCCAAGAGUUUUCUCUUUUUGGCCAUUAUGUUUCUAGGACUGGGCAUACUGCUGGUGGUUGUGGUGUUUGUGGGCUGGAGAUGCACACCACGAGGACAUGAACCCUGCCACGCCCUCUUUGGACUGGGCGAUCACAGGCGACACAGAAGAAGACACGGCGCUCGCACUCACAGAAAUAGGGACGGGAAUUGGUAUGGGGGUAUGUUGUACCCAGAGUUUGGUCACAGACGGCCUCCACCUACCUAUGCAGCUUCCAUGCAGGAGUACCAGCAACAGUUAGUGUUGGCCCAACAACAGUACAUGGACAGUGUGAACACAGACAAUUACAGCCUGCCCAGUUCACCCCCUCCCACCUACAGGUCUCACGUUAGUGUCAGGCCAGGUAUACCGAUAACGUUCCCACCCAGUCAGACCGGACAAUACCCCAGCUCCAGGCCUCCCACUUAUCGCUCUCAUUCCAGUACACUAGGACAACAGCAGCCACAUGCCCGGCCGGCCCUUCCCCUUGACCAGCCAGAUGAGGCAGGCAGGACAGAGACUCCAAGUGUUCACCAGGGAGAGCAGGUAACAGUGGAUGCUGCUGAUGGGGUUGUCACAGACACUCCCUUAGUGCAGUGCAGUAGGCUGGAGAACUGUGUGUCAAAUAUAUCAAACUCUAAUGGUGCUCAGGAGCUAACAAGCUCUGUAACAUCUCCCGGCCCAACAAGGGGCAGUGUUACCCACCCAUCCCCUUCGAGUGGUUCCAGUAUCUCCCCAGGGAGUAACAGCAAUUCCUCAAGCUUUGGGCAUUCAUCAGGUGUCCACCAGUCACCAUCAAGCUUGCAAGGAGCGGAGGAGUCUGUGGAAAAUUUAUUAGAAACAACUCUGAGAACAUUUGAUGAGAUCACAAAUUCUGUUGUCAAUUCAGAGUCCGAUGCUACAAAUUCUCUUAGUCGACCUGUUAGGGGAAAUCAUUCAGCAGGUGGACCCCUCUGUGUGGAGCCUCAUACAAACACAAUUACAUCACAGACCCCUCUCUGAUCACGUGAUUCACUUUGAGGCUAUGAUAGGGGACAAUAAGCAUCUUAUUAAAUUUGUGUUCACAUCAACAUGGUGUCAUUGUCCUGUGAGUGUGUCAUCAUCAUGUUGUUGUGUAAUCAAACAAGAAUGUGCAUGGGGAGGCCAGAGGGGAUGUGUGUGAGAUGUAUAAACCAGCAUGGGUGUGAUGAAGCCAGCAACAUGCUUAAACCCAUCCUCUCAAUUCAUUAUUUUAGAACAUUUUCUCAGGCUUUCCCCACAAGCCCUUCCUACAAUAGAAACAAUGCUAUAUUCAUUUGUGAAAGUUUAUUAUAGUAUAGUUUUGUAAAUCUGUAGAUUUUUUUACAGACUUCACCCAUGCUGAUAAUGUUUGCAGUGACAGGUAAACAUGUGAUGUGCAUUCGUACGUAAUUGCGGUAUUAUCACCUGCUGAUGAAUAGGAGUAACUGUAAGACAACUUCAUUCCUGUUAUCACACUGGCAUGGUUUUUGUCAGCUAAUUACCUAUCAUAUGGAAUUGUCACAUGAACAGCCUUUUGUCAUUCCUUAUGCACUUCAUACAUGUAAAUCAGAUAAAGUCAGCCCAGGACAUGACAGGUGACACACUUUGUGUUUGUUAUCUAUUAGUACUUGUUAAGGAUAUCCUGUAGUGCUUUAUUGCUGUUCAAAGUCUCCAAGGAGAGUGGUCAAAGAGAGGUGGUAUAUUGUACACAGAUCAACAAGUUCUCCCUGUAAAGUCUGCAAGUGUUUACAGAGAGAAGUGGUAACUGUUAAUACGAUUGUGAAUUUAUUACGUUUCUUAAGGGGCUAUAAACUGAACUUAGAAGUUGUCAAAAUGAUGUAUAGAAAAUACACGUUGGAUAGACCUCUUAGGUGGUUUUUUUUUAUGAAUCUGUAUCUGAUGAAGUGUUUUCUGCAAUCAACAACAUGAAGCCAAUAAAUGGGAGAGAACAUGAAAGUUAUGUUCAGAUUUUCUAUUUCAUCGUUAUCGUUGAAUUCAACAGCUUUUACAUGAUAGUGACAUUUAUGCAGUACAUGUAUGUAUGCGGAAAUGAUCCAUUUAAAGCCAUAUUAUCAGGAUAUCCGUGAAUAUUGUCCUUCACUAAAUCUGUUCUUUAAACUCCACCGAGUUAACAGUGCCUUGUUUUGCUACCUUUUGAGGAAUACAAUGAUAAGUGGCAUAGUAUCUGCUGUUGCAAGCACCAAAAUGUGACUGGCCUGUUUCCCACAAUAAGUGUUUGUUUAUAAAGCAAAACUUUAUAUGUUUUGCAGCAGACAUUGUUGAGAUGUUAUGUAUGUGAGUUUUUGUGUUUUCUAAAGAUAAAGAAGAAAACUUUGUUAAGUGUAUAACUUUAUGUUAAAGUUUUGGUACAUGUUUCCACAGUACGAUGUGAAAGCUGUCAUAGCCUGUACUGCAAUGGGAGAUAACUGUUCAUGAGUGUAUGUGUCGAGGUCCUUUGUCUUUCUGUUAUGUUAAAUUUUGUCAGCAUUAGAAAUACACUUAUGUGUACAUAUAGCUCAGCAUGAAGUAUAAUAAAUAUGUUAAAUUGGUGCAAUUUUUAAGCUCAUUUUCUCUCUCUGCUCUUUUCACCGCAAGGUCGAAAUGUACUAUAAACUAUUCUGCAAUGCAUGUAUUUUACUUCAUGUUACUUCGGACAUCUCUCUGGGAAAACUCAAGGUUUGUGUAGCUCCAUAGUAUUAAGUCUUUGCGGUUAUUACUGUGCUCUAGUGCUGAUACUGUUGCCAAAUGGCAGAUUUUUUUCUGGUCUCAUUGAAAUAGUACAUUGGCUAAUACCUUAUUUUUUCACAUAACAUACAUGUGUCUUACUCUUUACCAUAUAUUGCUUGUUGUUCUUUAUAACAUAAUUUAUUACUGGCAAUGCACCUUCUUUGGUUAAACAUUGAUAAACUACAUGUACAUUUACACAAACAUCAUGGGCUGUUAGUGAUAUGUCAAUAUUUCAUAUCAUGUGCAUGAACUAAAGAAGCACAAAACUAUGAUAGUGAUACAUUUUCAUAUAGGUGUCUUUGUACUGUUUUUUGCCAGGGAAACCAAGGCAAGUAAAUGAGAUAUA